UGUUUUGAUGUUUUGAUUCUUUUUUGGAAUGAAUAUCGGUUAGGUUUGAAGUCGGUUAAACAUUUUUUUCUAGCCAUUUUUUGUUUAAGCUUUAUAUUGCCUUGUCACUGGUUCAAGAUUUGUGAAAAUGAACGGACAACCAACAAUUUUGAGCCACGAGCGAAUUGAACUCGAUCAGCUUGAAGUGCAACUUUAUGGGACUAGUUCGACACAAAUCUAUCUAAUGUUUAGAGAAAUGGUUGAUAAGGAGAUUAAAUUGGCUAUGCUCAAAAUUACAAACUAUUUUGAAGAAAACGCAAUGCACAAUCAGGAUCUUAUUACCAAGGUUCUUGGAGAAAAGUAUCUAGAAUUUUACACUCAAGCUGAACCUAUUUUGCAAAAUUUCUAUCAAGAGAUACAAGACAUUUUGAAACUGCCGGAUAAUGUGUCAUUAUUCGAUAAAUGUGUAACAGCUGAAAAAACAUUUGAUAAAUCAGAAGUAAGCAUCCUUGAGAAAGAAAUUGCCGAUCUAGAGAAGAGGUGCAUUAUUAACGCAGAGGCAUGAGACGACACAACUUAGCACCCUUACACGUGCAUUGUGCGCGAGCGCGAAAUUUAGCCAGAGCUUUGCUGACUGUCGAGAUAGGCGCGCAUUUCAAACUAUUUAGACGAUAAAAUGCAUUAUCUGGGAUUAAAAACCACCCUCUCUAAAAAACGUUUUAACUGUCGCCAGACGGUCUGCCAUCAAAUUGACUGACUGAUAAUUUAUUUAUAUUUGUCGUUGCUGUAUUUUUAUCAAUUAUUUUUUGCUUUCCAUAAACCAUAUAGGCUCUAAUAAGCAUAACUGUAGUAUAGUGAGCACAUUUAUAAGAGAAUAGUAUACAUAAUAGCCGUAUUUAUUUUUUAUAAGUUUGUGCAUGUUGCAUGGUGUUCUCCAGAGUCAUUAUUAAGCACUUGCAAUUUCAUUGUGUUUUAGUUCAAUUAAUUAAAUAUUUAGGUUGGUUUGGUAUUUAUACAAGUGUACGUACAUUUUAAUAGCCCAAAAUGAAAGGCAAAUUGUUUGUGAGUACAUAUUGUAAUAAACAUUUUUUCACUCAGUUCAAAUACCAGGCAUGUGCAAGAAAUACAUAAAAUAGGUGGCCCUGUUUUUUGCUUCGUUUGUCGCUUUUGUUGUUUUACCUUAAAGAACACUUUAUAUUAAGCAGUAGUUUAAGCGACAAAAAAUCAUGGAUGGAUGGAUAACUUAAGCCAAAAACACUCACAAAAAAUUUGAGGGAAUAGCUGUAUUAAUUACAUAAACUAUUUAAUAUAAAAUAGCUGGUAAUA